AUGGAUGUGGCAAAGAUUGAAACUAAAGAAAACAACAUAAAUUACAAAUCACCAAGCAUGUUACAAGCUACCAAGCUGGCAGAAGAGAAGAACAAGGCGGAGGUAGCCAAAGCGUUGGAACAAGCAGAGAAAAGAAGGAAGAGAGCGGAGUCAAGAGCCCCUCAGUCAGAACUUGCUCCAUCGUUGGCUCAGGAGCCUCAUCAGAUUACAGCAACAGAUUUGAAUGUAGCGUCGGGAAUUGACUUGGAGAAAGGGUCUGGAAGGAAUCUGGAGGAAGCAAGCGGUGGAGAAGUGGAAGGCAAAUCCGGUUUGGUCAAAGCGCCGGUUGAUGACGGCUCAAGUUUGGCAAGUUCCGACUCCUUUUGGUAUGAACAGGCGCCUAUUCACCCUCAGCAAGAACCCGUUUGCCCAGAAAGGCAAGAAACAGAGGAUUUUGUCCAGCAAGGCGUCAGAGGGAGAGGAUGGUGCAAACGUGGAAGAGAUAGAGAGGAGGAGGGAAAGAACAAAGAUGUGAAGAAGCUACGUAAAGAACUAGAUGUGUUGCAGUUGGAGAUGGAUAAGUUAGAAGGUGGGAAGGAUAAGAAGGGUAAAGGGAAGAAGCUCGCGGGAAAGGAUGAUAGGAAGAGAAGAAGAAAGGGGAAGGGAAAGGAAGUGAAGAAGAAAAGAUCAACUGAUCCUGAAGGAUCGGACAAUCAAGAUUACGGUCACGCUUCUUCCUCUUCUGAUGGCGACUCUUUUGACGCGUCUGUGUCUUUGAUGGCUACUAAGAGGAAAGGAGAUAAACAGAAGCCACUAGCAUUGGCUUUCAAGUCAAUCUCUGGGUUUGAUCUUCCCAAUCUCCCCAUCCAGUGGGAAAAGAAUUUCCGCCGCAUGAAAUACUAUGUUCCUCUGACGGUGUUCAAUGCUUCUAACAUUGAUGCUUAUUGGGCAACCUCCAAGCAAAAUUGGACACAGGCCAAGAAACCGCGCCGAGGUAAUAGGGGGAGAUCCAAUUUUUCAAAAACCUUUUACCCCCAAAACCUGUCAAAUACCAACUCGACCCAAAGGAAGGAAGCAGGUGGGAGUAAGGAAUGGGUAGCCAGAGGGCAGCAACACACAAAUAGUGUAGCAUUGGGGUCUGGUGGCCCUGCAAAGAAAGGCCCAAAAGGUUCUGGCAAUGUAGAAAGGCUGGUCAACAAAAGUUUAACCUCUGUGCAAUUACCUAUCAAGACUCCAGAGGACGUACUUGUCUUUGAGGAAAGUACAAGCAAACCAUUGUUGAGAAGAAAAGUAAAUUUGUCUGAGAUGUCAUGA